AUGGAAUACCCUCCUCCUGUGGAGAUCAGGAUCGAAACCAGAGUAUUGCCUAAGACCAAGAAAAACCUUGAGGAGCAGGCAAAACGAGAAGCCUAUGAAAAGCAGCUGGAAGAAGAAAGAAAACAGCAAGAAAAACUCAAUCAGGCCCAGCAGCAGAAACUUCAAAUGGAGAAGUUUGAAAAAGAAAGGCAUAAAAUUGAGCAGGAAAAGAAAAGACAUGAAGAAGAACGCAGAAGGAAAGAAGAAGAGGAACAAAAGAGCACACUCGAAGGGAGGCUUGCCAAGUUUGUAUCAGAUCUUACGCAUAACCAGACACCAUCAGAGUUUUCUUUAUCAGGGGUAGAAAUGAGCAAUGUGAGGUGGAGGAUUUUGGCAAGCUGCUUAAAAAAGAACCUAACACUGAAAGAUCUUCACUUGUCGAGAAAAGGAAUAACCGACGAAGAAGGCGAAGAAAUAAUCAAGAGUCUCAAGCACAAUAAUACGUUGGAAAAGCUGGAGAUGGAAGGAAAUCAGCUGGGGAAAAGCAGUGCGAGACAAAUUGGGGAAUAUUUAGCGACUAAUGAUAAGUUGAAAUAUUUAGACCUUGAAGGAAAUGAGCUAUAUGAUACUGACAUUGUGGAUACCACAAGUAUUAUUGCUUUAGCUGAAGGAAUCAAGAAGAAUCAAUGCUUGAUUUCGCUAAAUUUAAGCUACUGUAAUCUAGAUCGAGAAUGUGGCCGAAUACUAGCCCAAGCUAUGCGUGAAAACCAAACCAUAAUCCACUUCGAUUUCAGAGGCAAUGAAUUUCCACUCGAAAUUGUACGAGACAUCACAAACAGCUUAAAAAGAAAUAAAGAGCUCUACAAUAUGUAUAGACUUGAAGAAUGGAAAGAAAGAAAAAUAGCUCACAGGGAAGAUGAAUAUACUGAAAUGAUUGACAUCACUUUGCAGCAAGAACAUAUCAAGAAAAUGAGUAAGAAUUAUUAUAGACAUUAUCAGCAGAGAAGAAGCAGGAAAACGAGAAAAAGAAAGCAGGUGGGAAGAAGAAAGGCUCAAAAAAGAGUAUGAGAUGAAGAGAGAAAUGGAAAAACUCAUGAACGAAGCCAAGAAAAGACAAGAAAAAGGCAAGAACAAGAAAAGAGGCAAAUCGAAGAAGAAAAAGAAGUAA